AUGUGUGGAAUCCCCCGCCCCAGCACAGGCCAUCGAAUCGCCAUCAUAUCCCCAUCCGAACCCAGCCAAUGUCAAAGCCAGCCCUACUACUACAAGCUCCUAUUCCGCGACUCCCACACAACCACAGCCACCACAGCCAUUUUCCGCCUACAAGAUCCCACCGGGACAUGGGAGAUCCUACGGGCGUCAUCCAGCAGGAUAGAUUUACGGAUUGAACAUCACGGUGAUCUGUCCUCCCCCCUCUCGGCCCUGCGGAAAUCCCAGCCCCUAUAUCGGUUCCGGCUUCGUCCCGGGGUCGUGUCUGCGUCGGCUGGGAGUCCUGAAAUGGAGUUCGAUCUCCCCGAGAGACUGGACUUGGGGGUGUCGGAGAGGGGGAUUGUCGGGCGGCAAGUGACUGUUGUGGUGGAGGGAGAGGAUUGUGUUCGGUGGAUUGGGAGGGGGAUCGUUGGGUUUGAUUAA